AAAAGUGACAGCAAAAGUUUGCUAGUUCAAAAUGGCGGGGUCGACAAGUGUAACGCGGAUGCUUGAUCGACAUAAAAAUGAUUUUAAUGAAUUAGAUGCUUCAAAAUUAUUACAAAAAUUAGAAUCUAAUGGUGUAAUAACGAAAGAUGAAAAAGCACAGCUCGAUGAAGCUGCUACACCGAGUUCCAGGACCGAAGGAUUAAUAACCAUCGUAAGUCGCAAAGGAUACAGUGCUUUUCAAGAUUUGUGUUUAUCUUUAGAAAGUGUUUGUCCCCAUCUUUUAACAAAGUUUGCUUUGGAUAUAGCUGGUUCAGAACUUGAGGGAUCGAGCAGCACAAAUAAUCUCAAACUUGGCUUACAGUUGGCGUUGAAAGAAAGAGACUCUGUUUUGCGUGAGAAUGCGGCUGCUGUUCAACAAAGAGAGUCGGCCCUGCGUCAGUACAGUGAAAUGAAAAAUGAAAGAGACAGAGCGAUCGCCAACUUAGAAUCUUUGUCGCCAAAACUAUCCAACAGGUAAUUCAAUAAUUACGCC